AUGUCUCAGUUUAGGGAUACUUUCACAAAAGAGGAAAAGAGCGAUUCUCUGUAUGAUGAUACUGCAUUUUUCUUCUUCUUUGGCACCAUAGUAAUUUGUAUUUUGAUUUUUUGGACUUAUAAUGUACUUUCUAAAGUACUAUGCCCAACAAGAAAGUUUAACAAGAAGGAGUUUCCAAAGUCCACUCCUAGUGGGUCCCAAAUUCAAUACUGCAAAUGUUCAGGUUGUGUUAAUCAUGUAGAGAACAUUCGUAAGAAACACCGUUCAUUUUCUAAUCGCUUUUCAUUUACAAUGAUUUUACAAGUUGCAUUACUAGGCAUAAUGUGGUCACUAACAUACUAUAUGUUAUCUAAAUACUCGGAAAACCGUCAAAUUGCUCAGUUUAAUCCAUAUGAAAUUUUGGAAAUAACGCCAUCAUCAAAUACGAUGAGUAUUAAAAAAGCUUAUAGAUUGAUGUCACUAAAAUACCAUCCAGAUAAAAAUCCAAAUGAUCCAACAGCUGCAGCAAAGUUUAUGUUAAUUGCAAAAGCUUAUCAGGCCCUUACUGAUGAAGUUGCAAGAAGCAACUAUGAGAAAUAUGGUAAUCCUGAUGGCCCAACAAGCAUGAAGGUUGGAAUUGGUCUUCCAAGUUUUCUUGUCUCAAAAAAAUAUCAACUUUUCAUACUUUGUUUACUUUCACUAAUAAUUUUGUUCGUUAUUCCCUUGGCAUUCAUUAUUUAUUACAGAAAACAGAAGAAGUACGCCUCCAAUGGUGUAUAUCUAACAACUCUGUACUUUUAUUCGGCAGCUAUAUCAGACUCAACAAGAUUCAAGGCUCUACCAGAAAUACUUGCUCUUAGUACUGAAUUCCGUUCUUUGAAAAAGAAUAACCCAGAAGAUGAUAAAGUUAUCUCUCAUCUCGCAAACAUUCUUCCAGAAUUCAAGAAAAGGUCUUUCAAUAACAACUCGCCAAGUUUUUUCACUGCUUAUUAUCUAAUUCUCGCACAUUUAUAUAGAAAACACUCGGAGCUAACCCCAUCUCUUAAGAAGGUUUUGGAAAAUAUUCUAAAUAAAUCUAUUCCAUUAACAUCUUCUAUGCUUGAAAUUUCAAUUAGCCGCAAUUUCUUCCAUACAUCAACUUCAAUCUUAGCUUUUAGAAGAUCUCUAAUUCACGCACUUGACGGGGGUCCCAAUGCGUCGUUUCUGCAAAUUCCAUACAUCACAGAAAAUGAAGUUCAGCAUAUAAAGAAGGGUAAAACAGCUGCAAGAAAUUUAAUCGAAUUCAUUAAACAAAACCCUGCUGAUCGAAAAGGUUUGGCCGAGUUUAAUGAAUCUCAAAAAUUAGAUAUUGAAGCCUUUUGUAAUUUAAUUUGCCCAAUCAGUGUUGAUUCCAAAGUUAUUGUAGAUGAUGAGCAGGACAUUGUUGUUGGAGACCUUGGAACCAUCGAGAUCAAUAUCGACCGUAAAAACUUGAAAGAAAAAGAGGCUUGUGGGCCAGUCCAUUCUCCUUAUUUCCCAACAACAAAGUAUGAAGAAUGGUGGAUUUUUGCAGUAACUAAGGGCUCCAAUCCCCAAAUUAUUGGAUAUACACGCUGCUCUUCUAACGAAAAGACAGUAAAUGGGAAAAUCCAGUUUCUUAUCGAAACUCCUGGAAGCAUUGAUAUUUCUCUGUAUCUAAUUAAUGAUUCUUACGAGGGACUUGAUCAACAAAUUAAUGUCAAUUUUGUUGCUAAAACUAUCAAAGAAGGCGUAAGACAGAUAUAUGUUCAUCCAGAAGAUGAAGCCCUGGAUAAUGAGCCAACAUUAUUCCAACACAUAAUGAAUCAGCUGGACGAUAAUCAGCUCUCAACUGACACCGAAGAUGAAGACGAUGACGCUGCAGAGAGAAGUUCUAACAACGAAUAA